AUGAUCUCGUUGCGGCCGUUUCUCGGUGGUCGACUCGUUGGGGGACUUCAGCUAGACGUCAACGGGAUCACAGCUGGUCUUCAGCCGCAGAUCACGGACGAAGAUGUAGACAAAAUAAUAUCCCGCUGCUUGAAUCCUUCUACACCAGUUGAAAUGAAACGACUGCUACCGAAAGGAGUCGAUGGGUCCACUCGUAGAUAUGUGUCUUUCAAAAUUGGAUUGGAUCCUAUGUACAAAGAUGCUGCAUUGAACCCCAUGACGUGGCCUACAGGGUUGCUCUUUCGGGAAUUUGUGGAUCAGCCAAAAAACUACAAUCGGCAGCCUUUGACUCCUGCCCCAAUGGUUCAACGUUUUCAACCUAUGGAAGCUACUACCCCGACCGUAUCCGGCCCUGGUCGAUCCACAACCGCACCAGCGGCCCUGAUUGAUGGUCGUUCCCGUCUUACACCCAAAUCGUCUGACUCCAUCAGUUUCCUCUAUCAGAAUGUCGGCGGUGUUAAUUCGUGUGUUGUCGAUUACCUGCUUGCUACAUCGUGCUCCAGCUAUGACAUUAUCGCCUUCACUGAAACAUGGCUGAACGACCGCACGCUUUCCAGUCAGAUCAUCAGUCAGGACUAUGCAGUCUUCCGAUGCGACCGUAGUUCAUUAAACAGCAGAAAGUCAACCGGAGGUGGAGUGUUACUUGCUGUGAAAGCUGAACUUCCAUCUAUGCUAAUCGAAGACAACUCCUGGGAAGAUUUGGAACUUUUAUGGGCCCGCAUCGAUCUAGGUGACCGAAAACUUUACUUGUGCGUAGUGUACGUGCCUCCUGAUCGUUCCGGAGACCAGGUGUUAGCUGAAUCUUUCUCGCGCUGCCUCACCAAAGUUAGCUCUAUGUGCUCUCCUGAAGAUGACAUACUCGUUAUUUGUGAUUUCAACUUGCCCGGUCUGAAAUGGUGUUCUUCGCGAAGUGGCUUUCUGUUUCCGGACCCCGUACGUUCUUCGUUUUCGGCAUCCUCCAACAUCUUCUUAGAUACCUUAAGUACAGCGACUCUGCGUCAAAUCAACAAUAUCGAAAAUGAAAACGGUCGCUUGCUCGACCUCUGCUUUGUCAACGAAGGGUUUAGAAAUCCAACAAUCGAUUUAGCUCCUGCCCCUCUUGUUAAGCCUGUCCCGCAUCACCCCGCCUUAGUGAUCUCACUCGAUGUUGCCGUGAUAUUUGCUCCUGCAGAGAAAACUAGAUCCUAUUAUCACGAUUUCAAGAAUGCCGACUAUGUAGCUAUCUCCCUCGUUCUGGAUUCUACUAAUUGGGCAGAUGAACUAGACUUCUCUGAUCCUAACGCAGCUGCCGAAAAAUUUUCGAAUAUCCUUAGCUACACUAUCGAUCGCCAUGUGCCUAAACGCAGCAUCGAUGGUGAUCUACGAACUCCCUGGGUUACUAAAGAACUACGGCGACAGAAAACUGCUAAAAAGUGCGCUCUCCGAAACUACCAUAAGCACAAGUGCCUUAUCACGAAAAGGGAAUACCGCAAACUGAACUCUGCUUAUAAGAAAGCCAGCAAACGUUGCUACCUAACUUAUCUGAACCGGUUACAGCGAAAUUUCAAAAGCAGACCGAAGUCGUUCUGGAAGUAUGUCAAAAACCAGCGAAAAGAAUCCGGACUCCCGUCCCAUAUGUACCUGGACGACGAUAUUGCUAGCACUGACUCUGGAAUCUGUAAUCUGUUCGCUGAGAAAUUUUCGAACAUCUUCACAAGCGGGUCCAUCUCUGCAGAACAACUGACCAGGGCUGUGAGUAAUGUCUCACCUCUAGGCUCUUCUCUAGCGGGUCCAUCUCUGCAGAACAACUGA